CCGGGCGGUAUAUGUUUUAGUUUCACUUCUCGGUUAAGACAAUUAAGACAAUAGCGAUGCCGUUCAGUGCCGAUGCCACUCUAAGCAAAGCCUGGGUGUGUUCUAUGCUGAUUGUAGCGUCCCUGGCCUCAGUUCAAGGGCGCUCUGGGUUAGGACCCGGCGAGCAAGAAUGGGACUACGUGGAAGUACGACCGGGGGCUCACCUCUUCUAUUGGCUCUUCUACACGACGGCAAAUGUUAGUAGUUUCACGGAGAGACCACUUAUCAUCUGGCUACAGGGGGGACCGGGAGUGGCCUCCACUGGCACCGGAGUCUUCGAGCAGCUCGGACCGAUCGACAUUAAGGGGCGUCACCGGGAGAGCAGUUGGGUGCGGCAUGCCAACGUGCUGUUUGUGGACAGCCCUGUGGGCACCGGGUUUGGGUAUGUGGAGGAGCACGGCAGCUUUGCUAGGACCAAUCGGCAAAUAGCCCUAGAUCUUGUACAGCUAAUGCGAAAGUUCCUUCGAAAAUACCCUCGCUUUCGCCACGUACCCCUGCACAUAUUCUCGGAAAGCUACGGCGGCAAGGUUGCUCCGGAGUUCGCCCUGGAAUUGCAUUUGGCCGGACAGAGGCACCAAGUCGACUGCCAAUUGAAGUCGGUGGUGGUGGGCAACCCCUGGACCUCUCCUCUGGACAGCAUCCUUUCAUACGCGCCCUUCCUGCUUCAGUUGGGCAUCGUAGACGAAAGUGGCUACCGCACCAUUUCCAAGCUGGCCGGCGAGCUGGCCGGACAUGUGUAUGCCGGAAUGUGGUUCCGUGCCCUGAUGAAGGUAUCCGACGUUCAAAAGGCGAUCACUGACAGCACGGGCGGCGUUUUUAUUUAUAACACCCAGCGCCGGGUCCACGUCGACGAGGAGUACCGGUACGGUGAGGACCCGGAGAUGAGCGAAUUUGUCCGAACGAAUGUCACUCGGGCUCUGGGACUGGAAAACAUGCCCGGGUGGAUGGAGCAGAAUGGAACGGUCUUCAAUACUCUCUGCCAUGACAUCAUCAAGCCAGCCACAAAAAUAGUUACCAGGCUGCUUAACGAGACCGAAAUUCAGGUAGGUAUAUACUCCGGAAUCCUGGACCUGCUUUGUGCCACUCCAGGAACCAUUAACUGGAUUGGGAGGUUGAUGUGGAGCCGCCGCAUGGAGUAUUCUGAAGCACCGCGGACCCCUUUCCGAAUCAACGGGAUACUUGAAGGAUAUGAAAAGCAUGGUGGGAAGCUCAGUAUGUUUUGGGUCUUUCGGGCAGGACAUCUUGUACAACAGGAUAACCCAGCGGCAAUGGGUUAUAUUUUAAAAUACUUUACAAAAUUUGGAUAGGAUUUAAAAAUGAGUAAUGUAUAGUAAAGUUUAGUCAGAUUUAAUAUAUACAUACAUUUAAAAGAAGAUUCAAGAACCAAGUAAUUUUUUAACAUUCUUUAAAAAAAAUCUAAUGAUUUUAAAAGACAAAUAAACUAUUUAUAAUUAGCUUGA